AUGAUGGAAAUCCGACAGACCGACGGCGCUGUAGCGACGGCCGCCGGAGAAAUCGGAAGCCGGCGGGGGAAAGCAUCCGACGGCGGCACCGGUGGCGGAUCUUGUGAUGGUGGGGUGGGAUGCUGCUCUGUGUCUAUGCUUGUGUUAGACAUUCCAUCUUCCCUCUGUCUAUUAAGUGUUCUCCUUCUCAAUUUCAUAGCAAUUGGUAGCGAGCCUCUGAGUUUAGAGUUCAUGGUUGCAGAAAUAAUAAUCAAGCUUAACUCCAUUCAACAGUCUGGAAACGAAACCAAAGUGAUUGAUAUUGAUAAUGAGCAUAUUCAGCACAACGCGGAAGACUGUUCUAGAAGCCGUGUGGGUAAGAUAAUCGGUCAGAAGAAAGCCCACCUACUAGGGCUCCACAGAGCAGUUACUCAAAUGUGGCAUAUCAGAGGACAAGUUUCUGACAGAGAACUAAGUUGCAAUUUCUUUCACUUCAUCUUCACUGACGAAGCAGAUAAACAAAAGAACUCGGAAUCCUCUAUUCUCGACAUUUGGGUUCAGGCAUGGCAUGUACCCCUUAACUGA